AUAUCCACAGAGAGAAACAGCGAGGACGUUUUAGUGGCUAGUUUGACAGGAAGUGACCCAUUUGAAAAGUGGGGGGCAACACCUGUCCCCCCAGGUGAGAGUCACUAAAGCGCUUACAUUUCAAAGGUGAACAGUGUGGUUCAUCGGUUUCUGCUGUUUGCCAGCCUGGUGACAGUCUGGACAGGAAGGACGUCGCCGCCAUCGCGCUGCAGCACAUGAGCGGUCAUGUAGUCGUCACUCAGUUCUGGUUCUGGUUUGUUACAGGUCUGGUUCAGCUCGUCCUUGUUCUGGGAUGUCUUUACCAUGAGCCAAAGCUCUGCCGAUGCUCCAGUGUGGAUUCAGGUUGGUAUCCCAGGACAAACUGCAGGUCCAGGUUCUCCCUUCACCGUCCAUCUGACUCCUAAAUUCACGGUUGGAUUCCAAGAAAACUAGCAGCGUGAACGGAUGUAGAAACCUUCUUAUCUCACAUGACCUGACCACAGGCCACCAGUGGAGCUGGAGGAGACCACCACAGGAGCUGGACUCCUCGGUCUGUGAGGAUCUCCCAGAGAAACUCUGAAGGUCAUAAACCCAACAGAACCUGCCGUCUGCAGCAGCUGAACAGGUUGCAACCACCAGAACCACUGGACUGACAGAUGAAUCCUGAGCUGUCCAGCUCCAUGUCCUCCUGCCCCCUCCCGCCAGACCAGCCUCCCCAGCCCUGAAGACCUGCAGCGCGUGCGUCAGAGGCGCGUGCACAGACCGAGGAGGGUCUCCAUCAGGUGGAGCUGAGCAAACGGGGUCGCUACAGGGAGGGGCUGUCCCCGUCCGCCGCGCUCAGAAACGAAAGCUGGACUGCGGGCGCGAGGAGCCUGGCGCGAGGCGCGGCGGGAGCCGCAAAGGGCGGCUCGGCGGAGCGCGAGCGCAGCGGCGUGACAGAGACAGGAAGUCCUCUCCUACCUGUGGGUGAUGCUGCUUUCAAACACGUCCAUCAUCUGACGCUCAGGGGCGCGCCGAAGCCGACGGGAGCGCGCGGAUACCCACACGGCACGCAGGCGGACGGGACGAAGGAGCAGGAUGCCCCCGUACCCUGAAGCGAGUUGCGCUGCCCCCCGACGGUCAUGUGCCUAGUUAGCUGCGCUCCCCCCUCCCUCCCGCUGCUUGCCUCUCUCCGUUUGAUUAGCCCGCUCCCCGUGCCCCUCCUUCUGUAAGACCCCCCAUACAUUCAGUUUCAGAUGGAUGGAGGCUGCUGCAGGAAUAAGGUAGAUCUGCCCCCAUCCUGCUUCUGUGACCCCUCAGACUCUCUGCUGUGUGGAACAGCGCCCCCUACCUCACAGAGUUGCAGUUUCAGUUGCAGAUGACUGUUGGUUCCCUUCAGUGUGAAUGCAGACAGACUUAUCAUGGACCAAGGAGAGGAGGAGAGCCGUGACAGGACAUGGUGGAAGCUGCAGCCGUGGGAGGGGGGCUUUUUCUCAGAGGAAGGACUCUUCUCCUGAAAUCUACAUCAUCAUCAUCAUCAUCAGCCUGUCACGCCACUGCUGGCGGGUGGCCUCCACAUCUUACUCAUCACGGUUUUGGGCACUCUGGGUCCACGUGCUGCCUGCCUUCUCCUUCCAUGUCAUCUCUCCAUCUUUUCUUCGGUCUUCCCCUUCCUCUCUUCCUGUCCCACGGAGUCCAUUCUGUUGUUUUCUUAACCCAUUCGUGGUUCUUCAUUCGGGCUACAUGUCCUGCCCACUUGCCUUUGGCUUCAAUCACUUUCUCGAUGACAUCCUUCACCCCUGUUCUUGAUCUUAAGUCUUCGUUCCUGACCUUAUCUCUCCUCGUAACACCCAGCAUUGAUCGUUCCAUGCUCCUCUGGGUGAUUGCUAGUUUCUCUCUUUGGCGGUUGGGAAGUGACCAUGUCCAGCUCCAUACGUCAUUGAUGGCAGUAUGACAGUGUUCAUGAUCUUCCUCUUGAGACACAUGGGCAUUUUUUGAUCUCUCAGAAACGUGCUGUACUGUCCGAAUCUCUUCCAAGCAGAUGUUACUCUCGUCUAUCUCUUUCGCCAUCUCAUUUCCUGGUGUUAGCAGUCUUCCCAAAUACUUAUACUCAUCCACCUCCUCCAGUUGUUCUCCAUCCACAAUUAUUCCUUUCCUUCUCCUUUUCCUUGCUAAUUCAUUGCACAUGAAAUCUACAUCAUGUUGUUGUAAUACUGUAAUUUCACCAUUAGGUGGCAGACCCGGUUUAGUGUAGUUUAGCCAAUUCCGGCUGAAUUCUCUGACUUUAUGUUUUUAUGAUUUCAUGUUUAUUUUACAAUUAGCGGUAUGAAGCCCAUUAAGAUGACUGUUGUUGUAAUACUGGGCCAUAGAAAUUGAAUGGAAUUGUGAACAGACCAUAACAACAUCUGCACACUGGGUUGCACAUCAGCUUUGAGGAACUCCCUGUUACUGUGUUAGAUGAGCAGCAUGGCAGAGGGCCGAGUCCAACCAGAUGCCAAGUCUUCCUCCACGAUUGCUGUGUCUCAGCAGUUUUUAAUUAAAAGGCUCCAUUUGUGCAAUCUCUUUGGGAUCAUAAAUUGCUGCUUCCUUUCCUGCUGGCUGCGCUUUGCUGCUUCAGCGUGUCCGUUGGUACUGAUAAGGCCCUUCAGAGCUACAUCAGCAUGUCUGAUGCAGGAGCACUUUUCAAAUUCUUCAAGGUUCAUUUGAAACAAAACAGAGCAAAAAGGCUUGUUUUUCACGGCCCCAACAAUCUGUUGAAGGGAAGGAAAAUGCUCAUUGCAGGUAUGUCUAACAAUGAGAAGAAAAAAUCCUCUGAUGUCACUCCUCAACAAAAUGGCAUUCUCUCUUUGUUGGUGUCAUUCUGCAACAAAGAGAAAAAACAGGAAAUGAGAAGGAGCAAAGCAGAAACUGUUUCUUUGGUUCUCAUGGACGUUAGAGCUGCAUGCUGCCUUCAGGCCUUUUUGUCAGGCAGAAAGUGUUCUGCACCUUCAGCUGCAGCAGCUCCGUUCAGACUGAGAGCGAUGACGAAACCAGGGCUAAAAAUAGCCGCCUCCCAGGAUCCCCCUGUCCGCCACGUUAAACAACAGAGAGCCGCUCAGAGCCUGCAGCCGUGUGAUGCUGAAUACGCAGCAGACGUUGCAGACACCGCAGAUGUUGCAUAUGCUGCAGAUGCCACAGACGCUGCAGAUGUCGCAGACACCGUAGAUGCUGCAGACGUUGCAGACACCGCAGAUGUCGCAUAUGCUGCAGAUGCCACAGACGCUGCAGAUGCAGCAGAUGUCGCAGACACCGCAGAUGCAGCAGACGUUGCAGACACCGCAGAUGUCGCAUAUGCUGCAGAUGCCACAGACGCUGCAGAUGCAGCAGAUGUCGCAGACACCGCAGAUGCUGCAGACGUUGCAGACACCGCAGAUGUCGCAUAUGCUGCAGAUGCCACAGACGCUGCAGAUGCAGCAGAUGUCGCAGACACCGCAGAUGCUGCAGACGUUGCAGACACCGCAGAUGUCGCAUAUGCUGCAGAUGCCACAGACGCUGCAGAUGCAGCAGAUGUCGCAGACACCGCAGAUGCUGCAGACGUUGCAGACACCGCAGAUGUCGCAUAUGCUGCAGAUGCCACAGACGCUGCAGAUGCAGCAGAUGUCGCAGACACCGCAGAUGCUGCAGACGUUGCAGACACCGCAGAUGUCGCAUAUGCUGCAGAUGCCACAGACGCUGCAGAUGCAGCAGAUGUCGCAGACACCGCAGAUGCAGCAGACGUUGCAGACACCGCAGAUGUCGCAUAUGCUGCAGAUGCCACAGACGCUGCAGAUGCAGCAGAUGUCGCAGACACCGCAGAUGCUGCAGACGUUGCAGACACCGCAGAUGUCGCAUAUGCUGCAGAUGCCACAGACGCAGCAGAUGUCGCAGACACCGCAGAUGCUGCAGACGUUGCAGACACCGCAGAUGUCGCAUAUGCUGCAGAUGCCACAGACGCUGCAGAUGCAGCAGAUGUCGCAGACACCGCAGAUGCUGCAGACGUUGCAGACACCGCAGAUGUCGCAUAUGCUGCAGAUGCCACAGACGCUGCAGAUGCAGCAGAUGUCGCAGACACCGCAGAUGCUGCAGACGUUGCAGACACCGCAGAUGUCGCAUAUGCUGCAGAUGCCACAGACGCUGCAGAUGCAGCAGAUGUCGCAGACACCGCAGAUGCUGCAGACGUUGCAGACACCGCAGAUGUCGCAUAUGCUGCAGAUGCCACAGACGCUGCAGAUGCAGCAGAUGUCGCAGAAACCGCAGAUGCUGCAGACGUUGCAGACACCGCAGAUGUCGCAUAUGCUGCAGAUGCCACAGACGCUGCAGAUGCAGCAGAUGUCGCAGACACCGCAGAUGCUGCAGACGUUGCAGACACCGCAGAUGUCGCAUAUGCUGCAGAUGCCACAGACGCUGCAGAUGCAGCAGAUGUCGCAGACACCGCAGAUGCUGCAGACGUUGCAGACACCGCAGAUGUCGCAUAUGCUGCAGAUGCCACAGACGCUGCAGAUGCAGCAGAUGUCUCAGACACCGCAGAUGCAGCAGACGUUGCAGACACCGCAGAUGUCGCAUAUGCUGCAGAUGCCACAGACGCUGCAGAUGCAGCAGAUGUCGCAGACACCGCAGAUGCAGCAGACGUUGCAGACACCGCAGAUGUCGCAUAUGCUGCAGAUGCCACAGACGCUGCAGAUGCAGCAGAUGUCGCAGACACCGCAGAUGCUGCAGACGUUGCAGACACCGCAGAUGUCGCAUAUGCUGCAGAUGCCACAGACGCUGCAGAUGCAGCAGAUGUCGCAGACACCGCAGAUGCCACAGACGCUGCAGAUGCAGCAGAUGUCGCAGACACCGCAGAUGUCGCAUAUGCUGCAGAUGCCACAGACGCUGCAGAUGCAGCAGAUGUCGCAGACACCGCAGAUGUCGCAGACACCGCAGAUGUCGCAGACACCGCAGAUGCCUUCACCCCCCAGAAAGCCAUGUUUGCUUUCUCGUUACUGGAAACUGCGAGACGUCUGUUGGGCGUUUCACCCAAAUGA